CCGGAGGUCCACGCGUGUGCGGGGAGGAUUGCGUGGGGCACCCGGGCUGCGGGGGAGGAGGGAUGCCCGGGCUGGCGUGGGGGCUGUCGCGGGCCCUGGCUCAGGUCCAUACCUUCCUCCUGUCCCAAGUGCCCUACUCUGGUGCCCCUGAGGCGCCGGGACGCCUGGGUCCGGCCGAGGCGGCGUCAUGAGUGAGAGAAACGGCCGGAGGCGGACAAUGAAGAAGGAUGAGGAGGGCUUGGAGAUCUCGAUCCCGUUCAAUGAGACCCCUCCUUUAGAAUCUCCGCAGAUUUUCUACGGCCUGAGCCCUCCCCAGGGCAGCUUUGAAGAGGCCCCGGAGCCCACGUCCCCCACCCUGGCGCUGAUGAAUAGCGUGAAAACGCAGCUUCACAUGGCCUUGGAGAGGAACUCUUGGCUCCAGAAGAGAAUCGAGGACCUGGAGGAAGAGCGGGAUUUCCUGCGAUGUCAGCUGGACAAGUUCAUCUCCUCUGCCCGCAUGGACGCAGAGGACCACUGUCGGGGGAAGCCGGGCCCCCGGCGGGCAGAGGGUGCCGAUGGCCGGGGCGGAGGGGAAGCCUCAGACCCCGAGUCAGCAGCCUCAUCCCUUAGCGGUGGCUCCGAGGAGGGGGGUUCUGCAGAGAGGAAGCGCCAAAAACAGAAGGGGGGGGCUGGCCGGAGGAGAUUUGGGAAACCCAAGGCCCGGGAGAGGCAGAGGGUGAAGGAUGCUGACGGGGUGCUGUGCCGCUACAAGAAGAUCCUGGGCACCUUCCAGAAGCUGAAGAGCAUGUCCAGAGCCUUCGAGCACCACCGAGUGGACCGCAACACGGUGGCCUUGACCACGCCCAUUGCCGAGCUGCUCAUUGUGGCCCCCGAGAAGUUGGCUGAGGUGGGCGAGUUUGACCCGUCCAAGGAGCGGCUGCUGGAGUACUCCCGAAGAUGUUUCCUGGCGCUGGACGACGAGACGCUGAAGAAGGUGCAGGCCCUCAAGAAAAGCAAGCUGCUGCUGCCCAUCACGUACCGAUUUAAGCGGUGAUCCCUCUCCGUGCCCCUGGGCUUUCCGGGAGCCAGCUGCUGCCUGCCACCUGCCUUUCCCUCCCCCCUCCCCCACCAGCCCCAUAGCUCUUGGGCCUGGAUGCCCGCCAGCUGGGGCUGUCACCCUUCUCCUGCCUGGAUGCCCCCAGACUAGCUGCUGGCCUUCAAGUGGAGGCCUGCCUCCCUCCCCAUCCUCUGCUUCCCCCAGAAGCGGGUUCUUCAGAUGACAAUCCUGUGCCCUGUGCUCUUGAGGCAUCCUCCCCAGGAGCUGGUUGGCUUGUACCCUCUGGUCUAACGGACCUCCUGUCUGCCCUUUCUUCCCCGGGGACCCCCUUCUGUCCAGGACGGCUCUAGCUGUGUCUCAGAGCCAACUGAUGGGUCCUUUUCCAUUGCACCUUGCCCAAACCGAGGAGCCCUACAAAGGCUCAGAUCUUGAAUGGGAUGCGGGCCCCCUCUUUUCUCUCCCUUCUGUGGGCACCCCCGCAGCAGAGAGAGAGAGAUAGUGAGAGAGUGUGCGUGUGCGUGCAGCGUGUUUACAGGGGGGUUCCUGGUGGAAGAGGGUGCGUGUCGCUGUCCUCUCGUGGAAGCAGGGAGGCAGUGUACAUGUGUGUAUAUAGCUACUGAGCACCCCCUGUCCAGCCUUCCCUGCUGUCAGCCCGUUUCCCGCCCCCCCCCCCGCCCCGCCCCGGCCCGGGUUCCUUUACUCCAGAACUCCUUGCCCCCAGCCCAAACGUAGAGCCCGGGGAGGUUCGCCGCGGACUCUGCAAGUGGCCGGGCUCAACUGCAUGCCGAGAUGUUCGAGGGCGGGUUGAUGGAGGGUAUGGAGGCCUGGCUUCUCGCCCCCAACCCGGUCCGACUCCCUCCCUCCCCUUCCUGAAGCCCGUUUCCUUCUUUGUGAAAUAAGGGAGUUAAGCGCGAUCACGUCUCGGGGGCCGGGAGACCUCGGCUGAGUCCUUUCCAGCCCGGGUCUCUCCUCCUUUGCAACCGUGGAGCAGGUGGGAGGAGGGGCUCUCAUUAGGUCACUGUGUGACCCCGCAUAGACAGUACCGCCGAGGCGGUCCUGCCAUUUCGGGGGGCCCGGCCCCCGGCCCCCGGUGAUGGGGGCCGCCCGCACCAACAGAUAAAUGAAUUAUUCACAGAGUUUAAAUUAAAAGUGAACCAGCAGAUUUGGAA